GAGGAGGAGGAGGAGGAGGUCGGCUUCAGGAAGAGUAGAAGUUCUUCUUCUCUCCCGUCAACUGAGUUGGAUCCAGACCAGUCCGGCUCGUCCCCCUCAGACUCCCGGACCCACUGGUUCCAGACUCUUCAGGUCAGACGGACGCGAGUUCAGAGAGGACGAAGCAACAGCGACCCCCUGAGGGGGAACGGUCUGGGAUCAGGUCUGGGACCAGGUCUGGGAUCAGGUCUCAGACAUGGUCUGGAGUUUGGAGCUGCUCGUUCGUACCUGAGUCUGGAGAAACUGGGAGAAGGAGCGUUCGCUUCGGUCUACAAAGGAAUCAGCAGGAUUAACGGACAGCUCGUUGCUCUGAAGGUGAUUCAGAUGAAGACAGAGGAAGGUGUCCCAUUCACAGCCAUCAGAGAAGCGUCUCUAUUGAAGCGUCUGAAACACGCCAACAUCGUCGUCCUUCAUGACAUCGUCCACACCAGAGAAACUCUGACCCUGGUCUUUGAAUACAUGCAGACAGACCUGGCCCAGUACAUGACUCAGCAUCCUGGAGGUCUGCACUCCCACAACGUACGGAUCUUCAUGUUCCAGCUGUUGCGAGGUCUGUUCUACAUCCACAGCCGGAGGAUCCUCCACCGAGACCUGAAGCCUCAGAACCUCCUCAUCAGCUACCUGGGAGAACUCAAACUGGCCGACUUUGGUCUGGCUCGGUCCAAGUCGAUCCCCUGUCAGACGUUCUCCUCGGAGGUGGUGACGCUGUGGUACCGCCCCCCCGACGUCCUCCUGGGCUCCACAGAUUACUCCACCGCUCUGGACGUGUGGGGCGCUGGCUGCAUCUUCAUAGAGAUGCUGCAGGGGGCGCCGGCCUUCCCCGGAGUCACCGAUGAGACGGAGCAGCUGCAGAGGAUCUGGGCGGUCCUGGGUGUCCCCUCUGAGGACACCUGGCCUGGGCUCGGCCUGCUGCCCAAUCACAGACCAGACUGGUUUCCUCACUCGGAGCCAAAGCCACUCAGGACAGUUUGGAAAAGGUUGAACCAGCUUCCGUACAAGACCGAGGAUCUGGUCCAGAGGAUGCUAAUGGUGGUGCCGUCAGACCGGAUCUCAGCUCAGGAGGCCCUGCAGCACCCGUACUUCAGCACACUCCCUGCUCCCAUCAUGCACCUCAGGGACACCGUGUCCAUCUUCAAGGUUCCUGGCGUUCGUCUGGAGACGGAGAUCAGAGACAUUUUUCACCCUGGACGACGGAUCAAACCGUCGCUGCUCAACGCUAAGACAUAAUUCAAAUCAAUUCAAUUCAGUUUUAUUUAUGAAGCGCAUUUCAUGCACAAGGCAGAUUCAACGUGCUUUACAAGACGUAAACAUAGUUGCAACACAAACAGUUACAUAAAAAUCACUUUGGAAUCAAUUGAAAUGUACAAGUGCAAGUAAACGAUCACAUGUUUGUCAUUUUCACCACAUACACACUUAAACUCAUACAUGCUCAACAACUCACACACACACACAGCUCAGCAGAACGCUGUUGAAAAAGGAUUUUUAGAGUUUUUAAUCUGUUUUUAAAGAUGGCUCCUGAUGUGAAUGUGUAACUGUGUGAGGCAAAGUGUUCCAUGUUUGUGGGGCAUUUACACUAAAAGCUGCCUCCACUUCUCUGGAUCUGGUGCGAGGGACGAGUAAAUCAGCCUGUUGACCGAAGUGUUGUUGCUGGGGUGUAAGUGAUGAGCAUAUCUGUGAUGUACUGAGCUGCUUUAUAAACCAGGAGCAGUAUUUUGAAACUGAUUCUUGUUUUAAGGGUGUUAAGAUUUAAGGGUGUGAUGUGUUGAUAUUUUUUGGUACCAGUCAGAAUAUGUGCAGCUGCAUUUUGAAUUAGUUGUAACCUCUGAAUACUUGAGUUUGGGAAUCCAGUGAAUAAACCUUUACAGUAAUCUAAUCUA